AUGGUAACAUGGAAUGGGGAGAACCAAUUAAGUCACACGACUCAUGGACGUCACACUUACCUCCUUCCCAUCAUCCACAAUCUGCAGGCUGAAAAGUAGAAAGAGCAGUUUACAUGUGAGAAAAUUCAAGCUGUGGUCGUGGUCCAAUCAAGGGAACUGGCAGAACAAGUCACAUCUGUUGCUCGCUGAAUUGGGUUUGUGUCAAAGUUUGGGUUUGUGGUCAAAGUUGCAGGGGGUGGGAGAGGUGUGGGAAACAUCAAAGCAGCGUUCUCUCACGGUCAGUCCAAUGUUUUAGUGGCCACCGCUGGUGCCCUGCUGAAUGCAUUUUGGAAGCGAUUCGUCAGUUUGAGCACAAUAAACUGCCUUGUGAUUGAAACCAUGUUUGAUGUCAGAUUUGCAGGCCUGCUUGACAAUAUUCUCUCUCAUGCCUUGGUGGCAUCCAGGCUCACUGAUACGGCUGGGCUCAGCCGUAAAACUCAGCUGAUGGUAGUGGGAGCCACAUUCCGUGGUGUGGGAGAGGUCCUCAGCAAGGUGACUGACCUGGACAGCAUGGUCACCGUUAAAAGCCUGAUGCUGCAUUAUCUCAUGCCACAUGUAAAGCAGAUGUUUCUCAGGGUGAACUGGCUGGGAUUCUCAGUGGAGGGAAUGGGCAUUCGUCACAUGAGGCUCCAGGGAGAGAUGUCAGCGGCCAUGAGAGAGGGAAUCUUCAGAAACUUUCAUAGAGCAAAUGUUGAUGUUCUAAUAUGCACUGACGUACUGACAAGAGGCUUGGAUGCACAAAGAGUUGGACUUAACAAUUAUAAUUUUCCAGAGACCCACAUGGAUUACAUCCACAAAGCAGGGCGCGUAAGGAGAGCAGGUGGAGGGGAGGUGCUCAGCUUCGUUACGAACCCCUUGGAUGUGGAACUUGUGCAGAGAUUAGAGACAGCAGCCAGGAGGAGAAAGUCUUUAUCAGGGAUGGAGUCAGAAAUUAAUACACCCAGUCAUAAAACAGACUUGAAAAUAAAGGAGCAAAUGUACAUUAAUAAUGAGUCUGUCUUAAAUGUAUAA